GAGUUUCUUUCGACAGACCACCAAGAGAGAAAAUGGGCUGCGUCAAGUCGACCCCGAUCCCGAACGCCCCUGCUGAUGCUGCGGCCAAGGCCCCCGAAGCCUCGCCGGCCCAUGCUGGCGAAGGCGAGACCAAGCACUUUGACGAAGUCUACACGCUUGGGAAGAAGCUUGGCGAGGGCACCUUCUCGGUUGUCAAGGAGGGCACGCACAAGGCGAGUGGCAAGAAGUAUGCCAUCAAGUGCAUCAAGAAGCAGGGCUUGACCCAGGAGGACCUCGACGCUCUCCACGAGGAGAUCAGCAUCUUGAAGAAGAUGGACCACCCCAACAUCAUGACGCUGUACGAAGUCUUCUCGGAGCCCGCGUACUACUACCUCGUGACCGAAAUUAUGGAGGGCGGUGAGCUCUUUGACCGCAUCGUCGAAAAGACGUACUACACGGAGAAGGAGGCCCGCGACCUGGUGCUCAUUUUGCUCAACGCGAUCAAGUACUGCCACGAUCGCGGUGUGGUCCACCGUGACUUGAAGCCAGAGAACUUGCUCUUGACGAGCAAGAGCGACGACGCCUUCAUCAAGAUUGCCGACUUUGGCUUUGCCAAGCAAGACUUUAACGCGUCUCUGACGACGGCCUGCGGCACGCCGGGCUACGUCGCGCCCGAGAUCUUGAAGGGUGAUUCGUACGGCAAGACGGUCGACAUUUGGAGCAUUGGCGUCAUCACGUUCAUCUUGCUCUGCGGGUACCCGCCGUUCCACGACGAGAACCAGAAGCGCCUCUUCAACGCGAUCAAGAUCGGGUCGUUCAAGUUUGAGUCGCCGUACUGGGACGCGGUCUCGGCCGAAGCCAAGGACUUUAUCUCGACCAUGCUCGUCGUGGACCCGACCAAGCGGUCGGACGCGGACCAGCUGCUCCAGCACGCGUGGGUCACGGGCACGGAAGUCUCGACCGUGCCGCUGACGCAGGCCAUGGAACAGCUCAAGAAGUACAACGCGCGACGAAAGUUCAAGGCCGCCGUGCGCACCGUGCAGGUGACGGCGGCGCUCCAGAAGGCGAUGGGCGGCUCGUCGUCGGUCGUCGACGAUGGCACGCCCGUCGAAGGCGAGGCCGUCGAGGACAUUGCGCUCGAGGUCGACGUGACGCCCGCCGCGGCGCCUGCGACCGGAGAGACCAAGGCGUAAAGGCACGAGAUGUCUUCCUAAUCGGUUUUAUCUUUG